UCCAGUCAUAGCCCUCUCUGGCUUUCUUGCUUGUGGUGAGGUUUUGUCAGUCAGUUAUUUUCCAAUGGCUCCAGAAUUCAAACUGUUCUUUGUCCUUUGGCUAGUUGUGGCCUGUGUUGCUGGACAAUCUACAGCAGCUACAGAUACGACUACUACAAGUGUAGCAUCUACAGCAGCUACAGAUACGACUACUACAAGUGUAGCAUCUACAGCAGCAACAGGUGCGACUACUACAAGUGUAGCACCUACGACCACAAAGCUUCCAGAUCCUUGUGAUGGAAACCCAUGCUACGAUGGGAGCACCUGUGAGGAUCGUAGCAAUCAAACCUUUGAAUGCGUGUGUUUCGCUGGUGAUGACUAUAAUUAUGACUUGAAAAGUUGUGUGAGUGCCAAAGUUUUCCCUGGACAACUAGACCUGCCUAACUUACGAUACCAUCAAAACAUGACUACCAAGACAUCACCAGAAUUCCAAAAGGCUUCGAUUCAAAUUAAUGACGAGCUGUCGGUUAUUUUCAAGAAUUAUUCUUUCUCUCGAUCUACAGUGCUGGAAUUCAGAGAGCUGUCCACUCGUAAAGUUAUGUCAAGAUCAGAGGAUGGGGUCAGUGCAACUGUAGAUAUCAUCUUCCAUGUAAAUUCUGACAUCGCAACCGCAGAAGUUGUGGAGAAGUUGACAGAUCCCAGCAAAUGUACUGUGGACUGUCACCUGGCAAAUGCAUCGUUUCAUGAGACAGACCUGUGUCUUAAGAAUCCCUGUGAUAAGGAUACUACAUCAUGCCUAUGGCAAAAUGGAUCUUACAACUGUACCUGUUUGCAACAAUUCAUUGAGACGGACUUCAGUCGCAGAAUAUGCACUGCUUGUCCUAAUGGUCAACAAGUUGGCGACUCAAAAAUAUGUGUCGAUUGUUCCUUUGGUUAUUCUGGUGUUGACUGCCAAGAUUCAUGGCUGCAGACGUUGGUCAUCGUCAGCUCCGUGCUCGGGAUACUGCUGCUCAUCGCACUCAUUCUUCUGCCUAUAUUGGCAAGCAGAUCCUCAAAGAAGAGCUCCAAGAAGGACACAAAUGCAGACAUGGGGAAGCCUGCCAAGCAACCAUUGGUUAACGGCAACCUAGCUCAAAGCCAGGGUGCCCGGUGGGCAGCCCGUGGGCCAGCCAACGGGUCGUCAGCCUUUGCCAAUGCUGGGGUGCCUAGGAUCCCAAGGGCCACAACCACAAACAGCUGGGACAGCAGAAGCAACCUGGAGAUGACUCCGAGCAACAGUCGACAAAACCUGAUCCCUGUGGGGAGGAACCCGCGGCUCUACAACGACCAAGAUGACAUGAACCCAAAUGCUCAGGUUCGACCCCAAAGCAACCUCUAUGCUCAGGCUCGCCCCCUGAACAACCCCUAUGCCCAGAGUCCACCUCAAACCAACCCGUAUGCUCAGAGCCAAGGCCACAGCAACUCUCACUACACGCACGAUAAUGGAAGUCGGUUCAAUUAAUAGGAAAGCACAACGGUUUAUCCUACAGUGACAUUUGCCCAGAUCAACAACUGGCUGGAGUUUUGUUGGAAACACCUCAGAAUUCUUCUUUUUCAUCUUUUUUGCUCAGAUAACCGAAUAUCAUUAAUACACCAAAGUCAGAGUUUUAUAAACGGAAGCAAAAUGGUUGCAUAGGUCUUGUGCAAUGUCUGAAGAAAUAAAUAAAUAAAUCAUUCCUGUCCUUUGUAAAAUUUAAGAAUAUGUUAUACACUGUAAGUCUUUUCCAAGGUUUCUAUUAUAUAUUUUGAUUGUUGAUCAAUUUAAAUAUUACUCUCUUAAGAAUGUCUAAUUGUUAAAUGGCAUUGAAACCCAGAAAUGAUGUGUUGUUUGAUAUCAUUCUCUUGCCCAGAUUAUGUCUCACUCAUUUAUGAAUUUACAGGUAAUCAUUUUGUAUGUAAUAUGUGUUAUGUUUAUGAUGAGUCACAAUUUUCUGUUGCGCUCAGUUUUCUUUUCAUAGAAUUUGAUGAGUUAUUCCUCCAAAUUAGGGCAUGUUAGAUCCCUCUAUGUAUUUUAGUAUCAUUUGUGUAAAAUGUUUACAAUAAAAUUGUUUGAUGUUAUACUGAGAGUAUAUUCUACAGUAAUCGUCUUGAGUUGAAAGCAUAUCAAAAGUGUCAGUUUUAAAUGCAUUCUAACAAAUUAUUUGUCAGUAACAUGCAACAACAGAUGAACAGAGACUACAUGCACAGUCAGAAAAACACCCGAUUUUAAGCCUCAGUGGCUGGCAACACCAAUCUGAUUUGUUGAAUUGCUGAGAGUAUAUUUUGUUUAUUUUUAACCACUUUCAUGUCCAAAUGAUACCAAACUGUUAUUCAACAGGAAUAAAAUAAAACAGUAAUAUUUACAAAUGAGUUAUAUAUACCACUUACUGUAUUGUAUUAGUUUGUCCUUGUCACUCAUAUCUAUAUGAUUUUAACCAUAAAACAUUUAAAAACCA